UUAUAAGCAAAAGAUUCUUAGAAACUGUUGUUGUGGCGAGACAGGAAAGCCUAAAGCGUUAUAUUUCAUCAGAGCUUCAGGACCUGAGGUUCCAGAUGAAGGAAGGGCAACUGGCUUGUGGAAAUGUUGAUACAGCAAAUGGGACUCAAGAUACCUCCAAGAAAAAAAUAGAGCCAUUAAGCAGCUCAUUAAAUUAAGAGGUGGAUCCAUCAAACGAUGAAAGCGUGGAUAAAUUGCUACAAACAUGUGAAGAACAUCGCAACUUUUUUCAGAAGAUGUUUGAAGGUCUCAUCAAAGUGACUGCCGAGGUUGCGCAACAAAGUGAAGAUAAUGUAAAAUGUAUUCAACAACUUUUGGAAUAUACUAAGGAACUCCUGCGAGAAGAAAUAGCACUUUUCUUGAAAAUCGAAUUGGUAUGUACUCAAAACCAACUCUCGGACGAGAAACACGGGGAUCGAAUUGAAGAAUUACAAAAAUGGAAAACGCAACAUGAGGUGCAAUUCAAGGAAGUUGAAAAGCUUCUGUCAGGACUGCUUUAUCAAGGGAAAAUGGAGAGAAGGCUGAGUGAUAAACAGAGGCUGAGUUCCCGACGUUCUUCAGAAUGUGACCUUCCAAAAGAGACUAAAACAAAGAACCUCUUGUUGAGGCUGCGAUCGGGAGACAAAAAAUCUUGCUUCCUUCUCUCGAUCUCAAAACCUUCCAGCGAUAAAGAACAUUAAACCAAGGAUUCGGGAGGAAGAGAUAACACAAAAGAACUCAUAGACUGGCAUUAUUUAAAAUAAUAAUAAUAAUAAUAAUUAAAAAAAAUUGAAAUUGAUUCGAAUAACCUCUUAUAUGGAAGCCCUGUUGCGAAAGAUAUUGAAAGGGGCACAAGAACAACUUUAAUAUUGUUUAUCACUCAUUUUAUUGACGCUUGAUUACGAGAAGAUUUAGAAGACCAUAUGUUCAUUUGAAAUAUAUAAUGUUAAAAAAAUAAGACUAUCACUAACUGACAGAAGCAAUUACUUGUUCGCCUUGUUAUAAAGGUGAAUUAGCCUUUCUGGCAUAGUUGUAACUACCUGAAGUCGAACAUGAACAAAAAUUCGUAAGCACACGACAAACUAUUUAGCUGAUCAGCUUUCAGUAUUUUUUUUAGAUUAUGGGAGUGUUUGACUAUUCCCAAAACAUAAAGAUAGAACCCUUCUAAACUUAAAUGGUGAUUGCUAUUUCUUGCAUUCAUGAUCAUCAGUUAUACUUUAAUUCCGUUACAAGUUUCUCCAACUAACUUUGUUGGCCAAAUACUCUCUUCCGGCGCAAUAAAGUUCACGUACGUAGGUAUGCGUAUGAAUUUAAAAUUUUUCGUGCCCUUAAAGUGAAAAAAUAAAAUUGUUCGGGUUCUCACCUCAUCCCGACUACAUAUUAUUACACCUCAAUAAUCAACAGAAAUCUGAUUUUUUUUAACAACAAUUUCUUAUUGAAGUUCACGCUAUUACCAGAAAUAAAAUCGAGAUAGACUUGGAGACGAAAAAACUUACGCGUUUAAUCUUUGAAUGUGUGAUCUUCGCUAAUUUUGACAUGUAGAAGUAACCUGGUAACCUGCCUCUGUACAAAAAAUAUUAGCUCACACACUAAAUAUUUUUUAUCACGUCUUUGACGCCACUUUCAUAUUCGAUUGUUGAUUUCCUUGCUUGUUUAGAUUUAACUUUUCUGAAGUUGACGAAUAUGGAAAAAGGUUACUUUUGUGUUUAUCACUAGAGCCCUUCAAUUUAUCAUAAAUUAGUGAAGAGGCACUGCCGGCCGAGUAAGCUGAUGGGGGUCUGAGAACGGGAAUGUUCUUAUUACUGUACAUGGGUUUUUUUCCUAGUUGAAGGGUUAAAGAUUUAUAAAAUGGGUAAUAUGCAAUUAAGGCGGGACUUAACCUAAAUUUCGACUCCAAAAUGCAAUUUUUGUUUUUUUCAAAAAUCUGAAGCUUUAGGCAUUGAGGAAAGUCAUGACAAGUGUUUUACGAUCCUAAUUGAUGUGUUCUAGUGUUUGCGAAACGUUUUCUGUGGACUAGUUAAAAAAAUUAUUGUUAGCAUGCCAACGCAAAGUAGCAUUUUUCCGUUGUACUCCAAAUCCAAUUCCUAUAAUUUGUGAAGGAAUUAUAAGAGGACGUUAUAUGAUCAUUUACACAACAGUACAUUUCUCUGAAGCUUUAUGGGAUCAAAAGAAGCAUGAUUGAUGGCAUCAAGAGAGAGCAAGUUUGAGGGUUAAUAUAUCAGUGAAGGUUUUGUGUGAAAUGCCCGGAGGUAAAAAGAAUACUGUAUACAGAAAAAAAAGGAAAGGGAAAGCUUUUACUGGAGCUCAGAGAUACGGGAAAAUAGCGAAAGAAACGCCACAUGUGGAUGGAGAAAUCGGCGAUCCUACUCAGAGUUCCUUGUGUGAUCAGACACCAACUGAUGCGGAGUGUGAUCAAACAAUUUGUGCUUCGAGACAGAAAAUGAGGCGAGAAGACGCUUCGGACAUUUCAUCGGAGAGUGUUGAUGAUGAGAAAAAUUUUCAGGGAGAGGGAUACAGGCUUGUUGAUCUGAAGAAAUUAUCUGCCGCAUUGUCUGAAGCACAUGUGUGCAAAGAAGGUUGUUUAACUGUCGAAGAAAAUUUUUCUGGGAGAAAUGGGCUUCUGGCAGACCCCUCUUUGGAAUGUAGCUUCUGCCUUGAAGCUACACCACUAGAAACAUCAGCCAGGAUAACCAAGAGAGGACAAUCUUUUGAUAUCAACAGGAGUGCUGUCUAUCAUUUCUUGGAGACAGGAGGUGGUUAUGAAGGUUUGGUAUCAUUUUGUAGCAUUAUGAACAUGCCAUGUUUAUCACUACCUGCCUAUUAUAAACAAGUUCAUACCAUACUUGAGCCUCUGAAGCCAAAGAAGAAAUGAGGCAAGGAUUUCAAAUGAUGCGAACAAGCAGAGAAGAAGCCCUACGGGAGGCUGAGGGCACAACUUAUGAAGCUGGAGCCUUCUAGGUGACUGAAAUAAACAUUGCAAAUGUUUCAACCACUUUGUGGCCAUAAAACUUUGGGGAGACAAUCGUCUAUUCAGCUUUUUAACUCGGAUACCUCUUUUCACAGAAAAUGCUUUUUGCGCAUUCUAGAGAACAUAUCUCAUAUGGUACUUAACUGAUUGACUUGAAAUUUUUACCGUUUAUUUCUUUCAAGGGUUUGUUGGGGUUACACGGGAAGGCUGUGUUUUGUGUGACCUCUAUUGCCACAGUGAAACUGCCCAGGGGAAAUCGCUAUGGAUACAUAAAAAGAAAACAAAAGAAUUACCCAUGACCUUUCCCGAACCAAGUCGUAGCGUUUAGCAGUGGUUUAUCUAACCACAAGAGUAGUUCAACCAGUCGGAUGGAAGAAAAUAGUAAAUCCGGUAACCGCAGCACAUGCUGGGCAUUUUUGUGGUGUUGCGCUGAAAUCGCGGCAAAUCCUCGCAAGUACCAAAUUCAAGACACGCGGCAUCAGACAUGGCCAACUUUCGAGGUUCACAUUAAGUAUAUUUUACUCGUUUUUGCUCUGAAUACUCCAAUAAAAACCAUAAGUUUCGCGGUUUGCGAUCUCCAUGAUGAACUAAUUUCCCGCCAAACUGUGUUAGGUCAAAAGAUGACCUCGGGUAAUUGUUUGCAAUGUAAACGGAGGAUUAAACCUGACCGGAAAUCCAAACACAUCCCAACCCAAGGUUAUUACCCACAGGGUUAGCUCGGGAAGGAGGUGAGUGUAACCACAGCUAUUGUUUACAUGAAAGAGAUAGGUAUGCUAUAAAACACUAAUCAACAUGUUUUGGUAUAAUUAUCCAUUUCAUCAUGAUUUCCUGAACAAAAUAAUACGAAAGGUGAUCUUAGAAGUGGUCUGGGGAUACAAAAUUGUGCUAUUCUAUAUGAUAUUUGCUCCUUAACAUGAUAACAAUCAGUUUGAGAGACGUUUGAAAAUUAAUUGACAUUGCACUUGUACACGUCAAAGGGGGAAGUUUUAAAAAGUACUGAAGGGUAAUUGGUUGACAGGGAUUAGUUAUAGUCGGACGGUUCACAGCGUGAAGGGGCCUUUUCCGGUCAGGAUCUUGAUUAGUUGUUACUUUCAGUAAGAUCUGUCUCUAACCAGAUCAAGUUAUAAAGAUAUACAACUCCCUUAUUCAUUGCAUUGAAGGGAUUCGAUCAAACCCCCUCACAGGAAGGAAGUUAAAUUACUAUGCUGCGCGUUAGCUGCCUCUAGGUUGAGGUUAAAUAUCUUUAACUCGUUAAGAAACCACUAACAUUUAAACUCACCUGAUGUGGUUUACGGUGGUUUACGAAAGGAACGGGAAGACAAACGUAGCACCUGAAGAAAUAUUCAUUUAUGCCCGGUCGGAAGAUGAUAGUCAAAUAGAAGAAGCAAUUUGUACAAUCAGCACCGAGGACGAGCUUGGACAUGCUCCCAAACUCGAUGGUGCAACUCUCUUGAACAAUGACACUGAUUCACGAGAGGACGGCAGAACUUCGCUUCCGAGACAAAAAACAGAAGCCCAUGACGGAGAAAAUGGUUCCUUGGACACCAGGGAAACAAAGUUGAACGAACGCGAAUCUGACCAAUGUGUUGAAAUGAGAACAAAAACUAUUGAUCAAAGGAGGUCUUUAGUAACAGAACUACAACUUUCAAAUAUCAGUGAAGACGUCGGAAAUUUUUGGCGCGAGUUAGCACCAAAACUAGGAAUUCCUUCAUCAAAAGUCCAGAACCUGGACGAAGAUUGCAGAUGUAACUGGGACAAAGCAAACUCCCUUCUUAUUGCGUGGAAACAGAAAAACGGAAAGGGUGCAACAGCAGGACUUCUUUCGGAUGCUUUAGGGAGUAUAGGAAGAAAAAAUAUCGCGGAAAGACUGCUUGAAAUGUGUCAUGAAAAUCUGUCCAAAAAACCGAUUGUUGACGAGGGCGAUGUUAUCAGUUUAACAGUGUUGGAUUCAAAUCGUAACAACAAGGAUGCUGAUUUGGACAUUAUCGUUUCACUGCAGCCGAUUCUAUGCAAAGAUACACAAGGAAAUUUAUACGUGGUGAAACCUCUGAGCAAAAGGGAAGAGUUCCGAAGUUCGGAUUUUGACGAGGCUGUUGCUGUGUCCACUCAAGGAGUUGCCAUGGAAACAGAACAAACAUCAUUUUUACGCCAAAAUAGCCUUGUCAGGACGAGAUCAGGGGUUCAAGAACUAAGGCGGCAACUGAAAAAAGUAAAAAUAGAUAGCGGCAACGAAGAAUCAAGUGAUAAAGUUCAAAGUGGCCAAGAUAGAGAUGACACAAAACCAAAUAGCAACCAUUCCUCUGUCGAUGAAUGGUUACGCUUUUGUGAAGAACAGUGCAGUUCUUGUGAAGGAAUAACUGUUUCUCUCAUCAAGCUGAUUUGUGUGGUUGCUGGUGAGAUGAUGAAAGACAAUUCGAAGUGUAUUCAUCCUCUCUUGGAGUUAACAAUGGAAUUGAAGGACCGAGAAAGCACAUUUUUCUCCCGAAUUGAAUCGGCACACAAUCAAAUCCAUCGUUUCAAUAAGAAUCAAAUUGCUCGACUUGAACAACUAGAAAAGUGGAGAAGGGAACAAAAACAACGUGUUGAAGAAGUCGAAAAGCUACUUUCAGAUCUGCUUUAUCAGGGAAAUGUAGAAAGAAAGCAAUCUCAGUGGAAAUUGGAAAGAAGUCAGCGAACUAAAACCGAUCUAAAGAACAGACAUCAAAGUAUGAAUGAAUGUUCAGGCGUGGACGACAUAAUGGUCAUAUCAGAGCCACUGCUAUUUCAACGCAUGACAUUGAUGAAGACGUGCAAGAGGUUUAACAAGGAGAGAAGAGUGAUUUCUGAGAGUCAGCUUUAAGCGGAACGGAAGAGGGGCCUGUCUUGUGAUAUCAGUUAAUGAUCGAAUACUCAUCUCACCAGCGGAAAUCAGGAAGAUUAUAAAAGUACUUUAAAUCCGCAGAAGACAGAGGACGCUUUAAAUGCCGAAAACAACGAGAAAGAUUUUGUUUUUCUAAUAUUUAUCAUUAUUAAAAUGUAUUACUGACA